GUUGUGUUGUGCAUGUGUGCGUGUGUGUGCAUUCCUGCCUCUGGAAGCCGAACAUCUCAUCACGUUGGGAAGGCUACAGGCUGACUGGAUGUUAAUAACUAGAGACCGUCAGAGCAAAAAGAUGAACAAAGAGAGGGAAAAGGAAAAAUAGGACGAGGUGAAGUGGUGAUUCUACCAGAGCGUGGCUCUGAGCGGUUGGCUGAUGACGUGAAGUGCUGCACACACAUCUGGAACAGCUUGAGCAGCUGCACCUGAAGAGCAGGGCUCCUCCACAAAGCCUCUGCCGGCACUUUUUCUGUAUCCCCGGUGCUCUUUUUCCUCCCCCGUUUUCUCUCGCAGUCUCUAAAUCUUUCUCUCUCACUCUCUCUGUUUACCGCCUGCCGGAGCGCUGGGAUGGUUACCCGCUGUGCAUCAGCAAAGAAGAGCGAGUGAACCGAAGCAAAAGGGAAGAGGAGAGACGAGGCGCAAGAGGACAGUGACAUGGGGGAGAAGUAUUUACCAUGAAGUAGAAGAGAAGAAGUUGACAACCAUAUUAUGAGCGUAAGUGAAGAAGAGAGAGGGCACGAGAAAAAGAGAGAGGGCGAUGGAGAACGAGAGAGUGUGACAGACGCGAAAAGAGAGGCAGAGAGGGGAUUAAGAAGCCGGAAUGCGCUGACACUGGAGACCUGACUUUCUGUUUGCAUUUGGCACAGCACAUCCUGUCACUCCACAGGUUUAUCCACACAUACACCCAUUUACCAACACAUACACACACUUGCACACACAUCUACCGUUUGCUUUGGAUGAUGAUCUCAGGAGGCCACGCCAGGAGAAGGCAACACCUUCCAAGGAACUAUUAACCUCCAACCACACAGCUCCCCACCCCCUCACCAUCAUUUUUGCCUCCCACCCAGCUUCCCAAAAGUGCCCUCCCUUCUGCCCUCCCUCCGUCUGGCCCUGUCAGCCUACCUGCACUACCACACAACACGUUGGAGCUAAAGAGCCACAGAGUCACAGUCACUGAGACCUGAAAAACUUCUGGAUUGCUCAUGGGACAUAGCUGCAGUCACGUCGGCUGAGCUUUACUGAUCCACUAACCUGCAGGAUGUCUAAAGCCUCUAGGCUUUCGCGGCCCCCUCCGGCAGGGGGUGGAUCCAAGCUGCCCUCCCCGAGGAAGGAAUACCCCAGUGCGGCCGCUGUGGCAGGUCGAACCCGGGUCCUGAGCGUGGGCGAGAAGCUGAUGAGAGCAGGUAGCGAUGCCAUCCUGAGCAGACAAAAGUCUUUAACAGCAGCUGUGGCACGGGACAAAGCACAGAGUGAGACCCAAUCUGAGAUUCAGGCCCCUAGCCAGAAUCCAGGUGAGAAGGGCCAAAAUAUGGAGGGGGUCCCUCCCAAAAGCAGGAUCAGCCCACCUAAAGUGUCAAGUCACCAGCAAGGCUCUAUGCACAAACAAACCAAAAGCAACCUAAAGGUAACCUCCCCAGAGGACGCUGAGCACAUAAGCCGCAGACAGGCCUCCCCAAAUGGGACUGCCCCUUCAAGAGGGGACGCCAAAGGCAGCCGCACAAUCCCCCGAAGGCACACUUUAGGGGGAGCUCGCAGCACCAGAGAGAUUCUGGCUAUGCAGCCGUCAGAUAUGGACAAGAAGAGGGAGGCCUUUCUGGAGCAUCUGAAGCAAAAAUACCCCCACCAUGCUUCGGCGAUCAUGGGUCACCAGGAAAGGCUGAGGGAACAGAGCAGAAGCCCAAAGCACGGCGCCAGCACCCAGCACAGUAUCGGCGACCAGGUCGACCACCUGUCCUUAGCCUCCCUGGAAUCAUUGGACACCAUGUCUGAGGCUGAAGCGCCCACAAACUUCACCCGUGGCAGCCGGGUUCGUGCCAGCCUGCCUGUUGUGCGAUCGGCCAAUCAGACAAAGGACCGCUCACUAGGUGUACUGUACCUGCAGUACGGAGACGAGACCAAACAGAUUCGCAUGCCCAAUGAGAUCACCAGCAUCGACACAAUCAGAGCUCUCUUUGUCAGUGCCUUCCCGCAGCAGCUCAACAUGAAGAUGUUGGAGUCACCCAGUGUUGCCGUGUACGUCAAAGACGACAUGAGGAACGUGUACUACGAACUUGCUGAUGUCAGGAACAUCACAGACCACUCCUGCCUGAAGGUUUACCACAAAGAUCCAGCACAGGCAUUCAACCAUGGACCCCGACCUACCAAUGGCGAUGUCAGGAUGCACAGUGAAAUGGCACUUGCCGGCCAUGAUGGCCAGCCCCCUCUAAGGCAUCCUCCCAUGGUUCCCCCGUCCCACCACCCAAUGCAAGCAGCACUCCCCCCAACGCCCCACUCUAUGCCUCCAUCCCCCUCCAGAAUCCCAUUUGGCCCACGGCAGGGCUCUUUACCUGGGAGCGCCACCAUCCCAAGGGACAGAAUCUCCAAUGCCAACCCACCGGCCCGCUCUAACUCUCCUUGUCCCAGCGCCAUCCUAGAGAGACGAGAUGUCAAGCCAGAUGAGGAUAUGGCUGGAAAGAGCCACACUCUUUCUAGGGGGAAUGAGGGCUUGUACGCAGAUCCAUACCUCCUCCAAGAGGGACGAAUGGGCAUUGCUGCAGCACAUGGACCACACCCCAGCCCUGGGCUUGAUGGUCCAGAGCAUGCCAUGGGGGGAUUUCACCGUGCCUCCAUCCGCUCCACAAGUUCUUAUGGUGGACCUAGCCCUACAGACACUAUAGAUCACCCCUCUCUGUACAGGCAGAAGUCCAGAAACAGCCAGCUGCCGACUUUGGGUUCUAAGACACCUCCGCCGUCCCCUCAUCGGAUGACUGAGGUACGAAUGAUUGACAUCCAUAGUGGACCUCCUCAUGGCAUGCCAUCUCAUAGUGUUACCAUGGAGAGAGGCUCGCCUGUGCGCCAGUCCUUCAGGAAGGAAGAAGUAACGGGGACAAAGCCACGGAACAGCAUGGGCUCACCUGUGGUUCCAGACCUCCAGGGGCCAAUCCCAGCUGCCAGUGACCAUCAGACACGAGAACGAAUGAAGGCUAUGGAACAACAGAUUGCCAGCUUGACUGGUCUUGUUCAGCAUGCACUUUUAAAGGGCCCAAACACUAGUGGCACCAAGGAGCCUCUAAGCGAGAGACCCCCGAAGACAUCAUCUCCAGCCCACAGUGCUCAUAGUUCAGGUGGUUCUCCGGUCUUGUCUCCCAAGAACAGUGCAAGCCCAUCAGACAAGGGCUCAGUUCCACUCAAAGUAAACCUCCUGCAGUUCAGGAAGAAUGUUUCUGACCUCAGGAUGCAACUGCAUCAGAUGAGGCAGCUGCAGCUCCAGAAUCAGGAGGCAUUACGGGUGCAGCUGAAGCGGGCAGAGCAGGAAAUCAGUAUUAAACUUGCAGAGGCAAUGCGGCGUAUGGAGGACCCUGUUCAGCGACAGAGAGCUGUGGUAGAAGAGGACAGGCACAAGUACUUGGGUCUGGAGGAGCGUGUCCUCACACAACUCAGCGAGCUGGAACAGUAUGUAGGUUCUCUGCAGAAUGACUCAGCCACAACACACAGAGCAGUGACCCUAAAAGAUGUGGAAGAGGGAGCGGUAACCCUGAGGAAGGUGGGAGAAUCUCUGGCAGGGCUUAAAGGAGAGUUCCCAGCCCUUCAAGCCAGAAUGCGGGCUGUGCUCAGGGUGGAAGUAGAAGCUGUCAAGUUUUUGAAAGAAGAGCCCCACAAAUUGGACAGUAUGCUGAAAAGGGUGAAGAGCUUGACCGACACACUCAGCAGCCUGAGAAGGUGUGCUACUGAGUCUUCUCAGAAAGGGCCUGAGCUUUCCAGCAAUGCCACAGUGGACAACAGCCCCGCAGUAGCAGUAGACACCCCUGCAGAUGUUUCUCCAGCACCAGGCCAACCUGACUCAACCUCAGCCCCACUAGAGCCUCAGAGCUCCACCAUCAAAUCCGAGGUGAUGCCUUCAUCCCCAGUGGUCAUCCAUCAUGUCCAGAGCUCCCCAGUCCACAUUCAACAGUCCCAGCAAUCUGCGGCUUUGACAUCUCAACCUAGUCCCCCAGCCACACCUAGCCCCACUCAUAUCUCCAGUCCCAACCUUAGCAAGAGUCAAGACCGUGAGCCUCCCAAAGCGGUUGACACAGAUCCACCGAGUCCCACCCGCUACAAAAAGACUCAUGGGAACAGUAAUGGAACAGCCAGCCAGGAUCUUGUGAUAGAAGAGCUUCAGAGCAGUAAGGAAAAGAACAAAAGCAGAGCUGUUUCCAUAAAGGCGGCAGAGAAAGAGUGGGAAGAGAGGAGGCAGAAUAUUGGUCAUUAUGAUGGAAAAGAGUUUGAGAAGAUCCUACAAGAGGCUCAGGCAAACAUGAUGAAGGGAAUUCCAAGUCUAGAGGUGGAAGAGAACACAGCACUGCCUGCUGCUGGUAUUGUAGAAGAAGACAUUCAUAACCCUGUUGAGCUACCAUCAGAGCCCCAGUCAGGCCCUCAAUCAGACAAACCAGCAAAGAAGGGGUCUGAGAAACUCCCUAAGCCUCUGGUGGAGAAAUCUGCCAAGCCAGCACUGGAGAAACUCUCCAAAACUGCCGUCAAGCCAGCAGCCACUGAAAGUUUGACAAAACAGGGGUCUGAAAAGCCGAACAAGUCCCCACCACCGCCUCCGCCAAGGAAAACCUACCCCAGCUCCAGCUCAGGCAUGACCACUACACGCUCUGGUGAGGUCGUCUACACCAACAGAAAGGAGUCUGUCUCGACUCAGGAGGGCGAGGAGGACGCCCCACCUCCCUCUCCCCAACCCAAGCCCACCAAGGUUGCACUGGAGACCAAGCCGAAGCCAGCCACUCCUCCCCUGGUUACGAGAGAAGAGGAAGAUGAAGGGGACAAGAUCAUGGCAGAGCUCCAGGUUUUCCAGAAGUGCACAGUUAAGGAUGUAGGGGUGAAAAAUUUGGUAGAGCCCACCGCUCGAAUUGAACCACAAAUCAGAGAGCUAAGACCGGGGGCUUUAUUACCCCUCAAAGAGAAAAAGCAGAGCUCAGAGCCCAGUCGAGAGGAUAAAGAUCCAGACACAGAUGAAAAUGGGAAUACAACUGUUCGACAGAGCCAAGGGGUCAUAUAUUAUGUGACGGGCCAGAUUCCCAAAGAUCAUCCACCCCCAUCGCGACUGGAAGACACCAACGACCAUCACAGAGAGCCCCCACAGUCUCCGACACAGAAUACCAGUGUCGCUUCCCCUACUAGUCGGAUGCCCGUCCCUUUGUCUGCGAAGUCCAGGCAGUCACCGGGUACAACUGACAAAGCAGGAAAACAGCAAAAACUGCAGGACGCUCAGAGGCAGUUCCGACAGGCUAACGGAAGUGCUAAAAGAGUGGGAGGGGAUCAUAAAACGACUUCCCCUACUAUACCCAUCUCUAAAAUCCCUGCUUUUUAUCCUAGCUCUACUAAAGGCAGCUCCCAGUCCGCACAGAAUUCAGAUGCUACUAACCCCAUUAACCCUUCUUCCUCUUCCUCCUUUGUGACAAAGUCCUCCAUUCUGUCCUCUCACCCACCUCGUUCCAGCUCCCUACCUUCCACCCAUAUCCCCUCCCUGUCUAAUGGAUCCCUCAAACUUCCCACACCCUCACAGCACACAGGUAAAGCUCUCUCGUUUUCCUCGCAGAAUGGUCGAGUCCACUCCUCCUCCUCUUCAUUCUCCUCCUCCUCCUCCUCCUCAUCCUCUUCCCCCUCCCCUCUGUCGCCCACACCUUUGGGCCCAGGUGGAAAGAGCAUCCGCACCAUACACACCCCCAGCUUCACCAGCUACAGGUCCCACAACGGCAGCAGCGGCAAAUCCUCCAUCCCAACAGCCACAGCAGCUAAGGACACUACUUAGCCCCAUUAUCACCCCUCUGGCUUUUACAGCAUAGCAGGUAGACCUGAUCAUAUUUUAUAUUGGUUUUGGAUUGUUGUUCAUUUUCUUUUUAUUAAAGGUUUUUUUUUUUUGUAAAAGUAUUAAGUGAUGCACUCAAAUCAUGUUUUUUCUUUGACACUGGCAUUCACACACUGCUACUUUUAUCUUUAUUUUCACAUUUUGGAUCAUGCUUACUUGGAUAUCGAUUCUCUCUUGAAGGCGUUCCAGAUAACAGAAUAUUUUGUAAUGUAACUAUAAACGAUUUAGUGUUGCCACUUUGUAGCUGAAGUGGAAGGCUUUCAUGGUGUUCAAAAAUGUAUUUUCUUGCUGUAGCUAUGAGUAGGGAAUAGAAAGUUGAUGUACAAUCACAAAAUAUCAUGUAAAAAAAAAUUGUGUUAUAUUUUUUUGAAACAAGAGAUUGAAUAACCGUAGUAUAUUUAAUCUUCUAUAUUUCCUAUGUUGCCGGACAUUCGACGCUGCCCUUGUAAAUGCCUUUUUCUGAAUGUAUACACGAUGUAUACAGACAUUUUAAACUCAUUAGUAACUUUAGUUUUUUAAGAGUAUUUUCUCAUGUUUCCACCCAUUUGAACUGCCGGUUUAUUUUACAGAUUUACAACAGGUAUACUAAAUAAUAAAAGUUUUCAUUUUAUUGUGCCUAUUUGCCAAAGUUGUUGUAUAAUGACUCACUUCAAGCCUAACCCAGUCAUGACCUUUUAGGGGAAUUUACAUGCAAUCUGUGUGGAUGGCUGAAGUGUUGACCUCGGUGUUUGCACUGCUGGUCUCGGUUUGUUAAGUUAACAUGUAUUGUUGUUUAAAUGUACUUAAGUCAAAGUGAUAAACCUGUUCUACCACAUGUACAUAAAAGCUUCUACUAAGAAAAAAAGUAGUUUUGUUAACAUACCAAAGUUUAUUUGUAUGCAUGCCUUUCGAUUACUUUAGGAGAGUGGUGUAAAAGACGACGUUUGCACAGAUAGAUUUUGUAAAUAUUUGAUUUUCUCUCUUUUUUUUUGUAAAGCUUUAAAUCAUGCUAUAAAGAAACUAUGUAAUAAAGACAAAAGUGUGUUGGAGUAGCAAAAAAUAAAGACUUGCAUGC